AUGGAUACCAAAAGCAUUGCAAUCUCAACUCUUGUGUUGAGGAUCUUUGUUCUACUGUCUUUGAUUGCUUCUGCGGUGGUGCUUGUUCUCGACAACUACACUCUUAGUGAUGAUAUCCAAUUUUCUUUCCAACAAGUCAUUGCCUACAGGUAUAUGCUGGCCACAGCAGUUAUUGGAGCAGCCUAUUCGAUAGUGCAGCUUCCAUUUGCGAUAUAUUAUGCGUCCACAGAAAAGCAAUUGAUACGAAACGAUUUCUUGCCCCAGUUUGACUUCUUUGCUGACAAGAUAAUGAGCUUGCUGCUAGCUUCAGGAGUGGGAGCAGGUUAUGGAGUAAGUUUUGAGUUAAAAAGGUUUGUGAAUGCUGCGAUUGAUGCACUAGAAUUUUUUGGAGCUGGUGAUUUAUCAGAGCAGAGAUCUAAGGACCAACAAUUCUUAAAUAAAGGGAUUAUUGCCACUUCAAUUCUUCUUCUUGGAUGCAUUUUAAUGAUUAUAGUUUCUCUGCUUUCUUCCAUCAAUCGAAGUAGGAAAUAA